UAUAUAUACACACACACACACACACAUUCCAUCUCAACCGAAUACAAUCAUCAAAAAAUACAAACACAAUCGAUCAAUACUCAUAAUCAUGGCAGAACCAUCAUCACCUUCCAAAAAAGCAGCAGCAUCGGCAUCGGCAUCGGCAUCGGCAUCGUCGGAGGAUACGGAGAAAUGGGGUACACAUGUAAUGGGACAACCAGCGGUUCCCACAAAACACCCCGACAAUCAAAAGGCGGCCUUAUGGAAUGCCGCCGACCACCAGCAGUUCUACCACCAACAAUCGCCUUAUCUGCUUUACUCUCCGGUGGAUAAACCCACCAACAACCCAUUAGAGCCCGUCAUCCACCUCUUCGAUUUCUGGACCACCAAGGCCGACUCCAUCGCCCGCAACAUCUGGCACAAUCUGAAAACGGGAUCGUCGGUGACCGGAGCGGCAUGGGGUAAAGUAAACUUAACGGCGAAGGCGAUCACGGAGGGCGGAUUCGAAUCUAUGUACAAACAGAUCUUUUCACCUUCUGAUCCAAACGAGAAAUUGAAGAAGACGUUUGCUUGCUAUCUUUCCACCUCCACCGGCCCCGUCGCCGGAACAAUCUACCUGUCGACAGGUCGUGUCGCCUUCUGCAGCGAUCGGCCGCUGUGUUUCACCGCACCUUCCGGUGAAGAAACCUGGUGCUACUACAAGGUUGUGAUACCGUUGGGGAAUGUUGGGACGGUGAAUCCGGUGACGAUGAGGGAGAAUCCAUGGGAGAGAUACAUACAGAUAGUUACAGUUGAUGGUCAUGAUUUCUGGUUCAUGGGAUUCGUGAACUACGAGAAAGCUUCGCAGCAUCUGAUGAACAGCUUGUCGGAAUUCAAUGCAAAAGUGGCUGCUACUGCUAAUUAACUUGGGGAGUCUUGUUGUUGUUGGAUGUAUAUGUAGUGGUAUUCUUUUAUUUUCAGAUUUUUGGUGUUAGGAGUUGGAUGUAUCUUUAUUCUAGAGUCUUCCUAUGUUUUAAUAUAAUAUAUGAUGUAAACAUUUAUAUUUUGUUUUA